CCCCCAGCUCACAACACCCCCAAAUUUGCCCCCCCAGCACCUGCGCCGGGCCAUGACCAGUUCCGAGUUCGUGUCCAACCUCAGCGGGAUGAACGACGGGCAGGACUUUCCCAGGGAGCAGCUCAAGGCUCUUUACGGCUCCAUCCGCAGCAGGAAGUUGGAGUGGGCAACGGAGGAGGAGGAGGAGGAAGAGGCCGGGGGAGGGAAGAAGAUCCUCCCCCAAAUCCCAGAGCUGCCGGGGGGGGCCGUGACCUUCCGCAGGGGGUGGUUGGCCAGGAAGGUCCUGGCAGAGGCUGAUGGCAAGAAAAGUGAGUCUGGGGGGAUUUGGGGGGCUUGGGGUACAGGGGGCAGGAUUGGGGUGGGUUAGGGAGUGCAGGGAG